UUAUUUUUUGAGAGAAAUUUUCUUUUAUAAAUCAAAAAAAAAUUAUGGAUCAAAACAGAGAAGGGCAAGUUCAACAACAACAAGGAGGAGGAGGAGGACAACAACAACAAGAAUUGCCAGUCGCCGAAAUUACUUGCACUGUACAAUUUGUAAGCAACCGAAACAAUCAACAAGGGCAAGCUGUUCAAGGACAAGGACAACAACAACAAAAUUACGGCAAUCGACAACAACAUCAAAAUGGAACUUGA